UGGUCAAUGGGUCAGCCGUCAGUCUGUUAACUGUGGACAUAUUCGAACGUUACAAUCCGAGUUCUCGAUUCGUCUCGUUCGAUAUUAAUAUUACUAUUCAUUUAAUUAUAUAUAAGUUACCGGCAUGCCUUUGAUCGACGAAAACGGCGGGAUGGCUCUAAGAGAGUCCAUCAAAAUCAAAGAAAAAUCUACCAUACCGAUUACGGUACAGGAGGAGUUAAAAAAAAAUCCAGAAAUUACCAAAGAGAGCAUACAAGUUCUCAGAGAUUGGAUAGCUACACAACCGCAUCUUCCACAAAACAUACCAGAGGAAAUGCUUAUAUUGUUUAACCACAGUUGCUAUUUUAAAUUGGAGCAGACCAAAAGUUGUAUUGACAUGUUCUACACACUGAAGACCGAUGCUCCAGAAUUUUUCGAUAACAGAGAUAUCAGCAGGCCUGAACUCGUCCAAGCCCUCAAAGUUUUACAUUACGGAUGCCUUCCUACACAAACCCCGGAAGGUUAUCAAAUAAUUUACCACAAACUGCAGUUAUUCGAAGCCAGCAAAUAUGUGUUCAACGACGGAGUGAAACUGUUGAUCAUGGCCAUGGAAGCUUGCUUCAAAGUGGAAGGCACGUGUCCCGGGUAUAUAAUCCUAUUCGACAUGCGAGGAGUUAGGUUAGGCCAUCUCACUAGACUCAGCAUAUCGUCUUUGAGGAAGUUCUUCACGUUCAUACAAGAAGGAUUGCCGGUGCGUUUGAAGGGUAUCCACGUCGUCAACACUCAGUCUAUUAUCGAUAAGGUCAUGAUGCUCAUCAAACCUCUCAUGAAGAAGGAGUUGAUUAGUAUGGUGCAUUUUUACCCUGAGAGUGAUCUAGAAAAAGUUUACAAUACAGUACCGAAAGAGUGUUUAUUCGAGGACUACGGCGGUAUGGCGCAAUCCAUCGACAAGACUCACGUUCAUUUCAUUGAAUGGAUGAAAUUGCUAAAACCGCAAUUCGAGAAGGACUAUCAAUACAAAGUAGACGAGUCAAAGAGGCCAAAAAAGAGCAGCAAGAAGUCAAUGAUGACUUCAUUCAAAUCGUUGGAGCUUGACUGAUUGAUUUUUGAACGCGAGUGUACAGUAUAUUUAAUAUAAUAUGAUCUUAAUGGGUCGGGUAUAUUUAAUUUAAAUCAAACAACCAUAAUACAGGAAUACAAAUUAUAAGUGUACAUAAUAUUUUGUGUAUAAAAUUGCAACGACGCCGUGGUGAUAAAUAUUCUAAGAAAUUGUGUAUGUAUAUAUUAUAGGGAUUAUUAUUUUUUACUUCUAUACGUUUUAAGAAUGUUUAUAAAUUUAAAUUAUACAAAUAUACAAAUUACCAAUAUUUUUUUUUAACUUUGUAAACUUUCUUCAUUAUCUUAUCACUUAAGAGGAAUAAGGAUGUCAGCGCAGCGAUUUACCGGCACUAAAACAUGUUUACUUUAAUUGAAAAUUAGUGGCUCUCAGUUGAUAUCAAUGCAAAAAUACCUACUAGAUUAUUUUUUUUGAAUCGUUGUCGCGGAGGCUGCUAUAGUCCAAAAACAAUUUACCUACCAAAAAAAGUCUUAACUCCUGAACUAAUAAUUCACACAUCACAGUUUAACCUUUAAGUUAAGAUUUUGUAAAAGAUUGCCUAUACUUUACUCCUUAAAAUGGGCUGCGCUGACAUCCUCUUAAUUACUUGUUUAUAAGGUAAACAGUUGGAAAAGACUUAAAAAUUGUUUAUAAAUAAUUUUAAAUAUUUCAUUAUCGCAUUUUG